UGCUGUCAGCAGAUGUCGAUGAUAAUAUUUUGAAAUGUUAUCAAACUUUUGAUCUGUUAAAUGUUAGAUUUUUCUAAAUAAACUGAUUAAGAUUUUAUUUGAUUCAAUCCAAAAUGCCCCCUAAAAAGCAACCGGAAAAACAAGCUAAGGGCGGAGGUAAAUCCAGUGGUGGGAAAUCCGGCGGUGAUGCAAAAGAAUCUGCUGCAAAAGAAAAAAAAGGUGGGACAGCUGUCAAAGUACGUCAUAUUUUAUGUGAAAAACAAUCCAAAUGUUUGGAGGCACUGGAAAAAUUGAAAGCUGGACAAAAGUUUCCCGAUGUAGCUGCAGCAUAUAGCGAAGACAAAGCAAGACAAGGCGGAGAUUUGGGUUGGAUGACCCGAGGGUCUAUGGUUGGCCCUUUCCAGGAUGCAGCAUUUGCUCUUCCUAUAUCAUCAGUCACCAACCCUAUUUACACGGAUCCACCCGUUAAAACGAAGUUCGGCUAUCAUAUUAUUAUGGUUGAAGGGAAAAAAUGACAGACAUGGUGUUUGAGUUUGAAUAUUUCUGGGCUAUUCUCUUAUUAUUUGUCAUGGAAAGAAUUUGUUGCCUCCAAGAACAAUUUGAUAAAGAUUACAUGUUAUUACCUGAUCCGCCCAGUUCUAGCAUGUCUAUAAUAUCUGAUAUUGACGGUUUUGCAAACCGAGAUUUAAGUCUGAAGUUAAGUUUUCUUCGAUUGUGCCGUAUGAUGCAUGUAACAAUUAUAUUAACUGUUAUUUUCUUCUGCAACAUGUGUCUAUGGUUUAUAAUGACUAAGAAAAUUGGGCCCAGAUCUUUUGAAUAUCGGUUUAGAUUUACCUUACCAGCUUAGUGUAUUUACACUUAUAUAUAAAUUAUUAUCCAUAAAUAAAACAACAGUUUGUAAACAAUUUUUUUUCUAGUUCCAGCAUAAGCAUCCUGCUCUACCCUUGCACUUGUUUAAAUAAAAAUGACCAAAUUCCUCUAAAGGAUGCUAAAGAUGUUCUGUUCAGUAAAAAUUUGUAGGCAAGGCAUUAAUUGUACAUUUCAACUGACUUAAAAUAUGCCUACAUAUUUAUUGUUUUAGCCCAAAAGUUUUACAUUUCAGUUAAAAC